AUGAACUGCCCAUCCCGCACCGAUGACACCCUCCCGCACUGCGACUGGAAUCAGAAUCCGCCAUUCCUCGCACCUGACCUGACAACCCGUCAGGAUCUCAAUGGCAUCUCCAAUGUCCGCGAGUUCAAAGAGGGCGCCGGGAUUAUGGGCUCGGCUCGGCACUGUCUGCACGAUGCAGACUUGCCCUCUUCGCACAAAUCGCAGUGCGAUGCGUUCCGGUCGCUGCACCCGGGGGCGUCCCUGACUCUGUCAGGACGCCCGAACUUCCAUAUGGAUUCUCGUCAAUCCGCUUUGGACAAGCUCAAAAGCUGGUUCUUAUGGCUGCUCUCUGUUUUGUGCACAGCCAUUUUCUUUUCUGCGAGUGGUUUAACCGACUACUUGACCGGCGCGAGACCGGUUAUUCCUAGUUUCUCGCACACAAAUAUGCCGUCUGGUAUAUCGCCACCCGAACUGGACGACGCAUUUCAAGUUCGGCCAGCGCGGCGUCACACGAAGCGACAGAGCUGCGCAUCCGGCGGUGUUGACAGCGAGAUCUACAACACCUCUCUACACGUGGGAGCCCUGUUUAUCAUCCUCGGAGUCUCGUUUCUCGCCUGUGCUCUGCCGAUUCUGAUCAUCCGCUUCUCCCGCCUACGCAUUCCCACGGCUUUCCUCUUCUUCGUGCGUCAUUUCGGCACCGGGGUCCUCAUCGCGACCGCCUUUGUGCACCUGCUGCCUACGGCCUUCACCUUGCUAGGGGACCCAUGUCUCUCUGGCUUUUGGACGGAAGACUACCCCGCCAUGCCGGGUGCCAUCUCAUUGGGCGGAAUCUUCCUCGUCACCCUGAUCGAAAUGGUCUUUAGUCCCGUUAGGCAUGCCACCCGGCGUAUGCACAAGUCAGCCGAUCAAGAGGCGGCGGCCGAAGCUGCCGUAAUACGCUCGCACGCGCACACGCACACUAUACCCGUUGCAGCGUUAGGUGUCCCGCAGGAUGCGGUUCGCGACGACGAGUGCGCAUCGCAAUUGCGUCCAAAGGGCCCCUUGGUUGGUCGGUCAUCUAGUUUCAGUCGGGCCAUUCAUCGGAUUGGAGAAGAAUCUGACCGGAUAUACCGCAUCUCGUCAGCGCCAGAAGUCACUCCCCUUCCGCAGGUCAGCGAGGCCAAGCAGUUCCGCGAUCGUCAGGGAAGUCUUCAGGAUGAGCUUCAGCUGUCCGAGAAGCAGAAACACAACAAAGAUGUCAUGCAGGUUUUCAUGCUCGAAGUCGGUAUUCUGUUUCACAGCGUGUUCAUCGGCAUGUCGCUCAGCGUGUCGGUGGGGAAUGAGUUUGUCAUUCUCUUGAUUGCGAUUGUGUUUCACCAAACAUUCGAAGGCCUUGCUCUUGGCUCGCGGAUUGCCUGCUUGGACUGGCCUGCCAAAGCCGCUCAGCCGUGGCUCAUGUCACUUGCUUACGGUUGCACCACCCCAAUCGGCCAGGCAAUCGGCAUCGCAACUCAUUCGCUAUACAGCCCCGACUCCGAAGUCGGUCUCUUGCUGGUCGGCACGAUGAAUGCCAUUUCGGCCGGUCUUUUGAUCUUCGCUUCACUGGUCGAGCUCCUGUCAGAAGACUUUCUCAGCGACGAGAGCUGGCGCGUGCUGCGCGGGCGCAAGAGAGUCAUGGCAUGUGUGCUGGUGUUCCUGGGAGCGUUCUGUAUGAGCCUGGUCGGUGCGUGGGCGUAG